GCCCAGCAUUGCCCGACUCCCGUUUAAACCAAUCAUCUCAAGGCGCAUGCGUGUCUGCUUCGCGCAGGAAAAUGGCGGGGAGGUUGGAGCCUCUGGAAGUGGAGCCACCGGAGGUCGCGUCGGAGGCUGAAGGUCAGACCAAGUCUUCAAAGAAGACUGAAGAUUUGCUGGAAAUGGUGAAAAAGCUGCAGAAAGAGGGAAGCCUGGAGCCACAGAUCGAAGACCUGAUCAACCGGAUUAAUGAGCUUCAGCAAGCAAAGAAGAAAUCCAGCGAGGAACUGGGAGAAGCCCAAGCUCUCUGGGAGGCCCUGCAUAGGGAACUGGACUCCUUGAAUGAAGAGAAAGUGCACCUAGAGGAGAUUUUGAGCAAAAAGCAAGAGGCACUGAGGACCCUCCAGCUGCACUGCCAAAGGACGGAACGUGAAUCCCAGAGGAAGUACAUGUUGUCGGAGUGCGCGGAACAAAUUUCUAUCCAUAACUCUCAGAUCACAGAGAGUCAGAAACAGAGGAAGCUGGGGUUGCAUGUGGAAGAACAGCUGGAGGAUUUGAUAGGCCAGCACAAGGACCUCUGGGAAUUCCAUGUGAGCCCUUAUCAUUGUUACCAGCCAAAGCCACUCCUCUCCUGGCUUCAGUGUCUCUGCCAGCCUACCCAGGGUCCACCUACUGCUCAGGCCCAAUGCUGUAAGAUGCUGAAGCAGCGACUGGCCUGGGAGAUCAGCGCCCUGCAGGGUAGCCUGGAGCAGCUGCUCACUGAAGAGAGGCUGGCGCGGGCCCGGCUGCAGGAGGUAGAGCAGCGGCUGCGCUCGCCGCCUGAGGUCGAGGGCGCCGCCCCGGCGGAGAACGGCAGGCGGAAGGAGGAGCUGGAGGAACUCGGGGGACAGGUCCCCGCUCAGACCCAGAGCACCCCAGAGGGUGGGGCUGGCAAAGGAGAGGUAGGGAGCCCUGGGGUGGAGGCGAGGCCGGCAGGGACAGCGGGCGGAUGUCCCCGGAAUCCCCCUGAGAGAAGGGUGUUCGGGUGCAGGACGUCCCCGGGGGUGGAGACAGGGAAAGGGCGGCGCGGGCCAGCGUGGGAGGACGCCGGGGCCCAGCAGCCUGACUCCCGGCCCCCGCAGGCCGGCCCCCAGCUCCCCGGCGCCCGCGGCAAGGACGACCUGGCGCCGCCGGUGGAGCUGGCCCUGACGCCCCCCUAGGCCAGUAGAACUCGUCCGGCCCCACUUUCUUUCAACGCCCACCGACAAAUAAAAGUGAUGUUUGCGGAUCGUC